AUGAAAGUACCACUGUACAUCGCGAUUUAUGCACUGAUUACUUUGUGUUCCACAAAAAGCAACAGCAGCAGUAACAAAACACCUGGAAAAAAGGUAUAUUAUAAAUUAAUUCAAAAUAAUUUAGGAAUUUCUAUUUCUGAUCGAACUUCUGGUCCAUUGCUUUGACAGAACCAUCAAAUCUCCACAUUUCCUGAUUACCGUAAACUGCCGCUUAUAAGCUCUGUGCUUAUACAUCUUCCUCAGGGUUUAAGGAGGGUUUAUCACUGGAGGCCGACUUUUAUCUGAGGGGGAUUAUAACCGGUCGGACUAGUAAAAGCGCCUCGACACAAGCUAUAGCAAUGCUAAUAAAAGUACUUGUGUACUGGUUUUAUCUAAGCCUCAAAACUUCAUAAUAAAUGGAAUCAACAGAGAAUGAGCUAGAUCAUUCUCUCUUGAUCGAAUCCAUUACAAUGCAAGCUAGAGGAGCGACUUACAUAAGGGGGCUUAUAAUCGGAUUUUGUUGUUGUUGUUGUUGUUGUUGUUGUUUACACGUAGAUGGACCUAUAAUUAACUGAGGGGGCUUAUAUCUAGCAGUUUAAGGUUUUCUUCUUUUAGGGGAUGUAAUAUGGUCAGUAGCGGAACCAAUAACUGGCCACACAAAUGAGUUCUUCCAUCGGGAGCUCUGGGAACCACGACAUCAUACCCGCCAGUCAGAGAAUCGAUUAACCAUAACAACAAAAUGCGGAAUUUAACGGACGUGAAGGCCAUGAAGUUUUGUAAAUCAAGCUGUACAAUUCAAGAAACUUUUGCGUAUUAUAAAUGUGAAUUUUCCGACCCCUCAGUUUCAGUUUCAGCCGUUGAAUGUCCGUCGUUGAACGUAGGCCUUCCCCAUUGACCUCCACUGGACCACGCUUUGCGCGACGCGGUGCCAGUGUUUUAGGAAACUAUCAAAGUCGUCCCUCCAUCUCGUCCUUGGUCUUCCUCGGUUCCUUGUGUGUCCCCUCGCCUGAGGACAUAUAAAACAUCCUUUCCCAGAAGGCAACAACCUCAUUCUUAUUCUGAUCUUAUUUCCAAUCUCCAAUUACGUCGUAUUACGAUGUAAGUAACAGCGACAACAGCAAAUAUAAAAAAAAAAGCAAAUAUUAUCAGGCCUUUUCUUUUCUCCGUUGCACAAAGCAGUUAGUCUGCUGAUUUAUUGAUCAACUUAUGCGUUUAUGCUUAAUAAUAAUAGUGUACCCAACAGACGUCACUCGGGUCAUGUGGUCAGUGUGCUUGCUGCUCUGCACCAGGAACUCCAGGGAUCCCAGGAAUCCCUGGACCCGCGGGAUCACCCGGCAAUCGUGGACCUGAAGGACCCAUGGGCCCAAGAGGAAACACAGGUGAUAAAGGAUCUCGUGGGAAGCAAGGACCUAAGGGACAUACAGGACCCUCGGGUUCGACGGGUCUACCAGGAAGCAAAGGUGAACCGGGCAUCCCAGGACGCCCUGGACCAUCAGGACCAUCAGGUAAACAAGGACCUAAAGGAACAAAGGGUCUUACAGGAAACAAAGGGGACAAAGGAUCUCGUGGAACGCAAGGAUCUAAAGGAGACACAGGACCCUCGGGACCAUCCGGACCGGGGGGUCCAACAGGAAACAAAGGUGAACCAGGUGCUCGUGGUAUCCAAGGUCCCCCGGGAACUCCUGGAUCUGCAGCUGCCUUGCGAAGUAAUUGGAAACAGUGUGUAUUUAAGAGUAUAAAUGACCACAGAGACUCUGGUUUGAUCAAGGUAAACACUUAACUCUUAAUAGAUUUAUGCCACUGAAUGUUGCGCUUUUUAUCUUCAGAUAUGGAUGUGAAUCAUCGUGACAGGAUUUCGUAUAAUUCUCAAAUAAACACCGAUUAUUAUGAUUGAACUGAGGAAAGUAAAGUCUUGACACCAAGACUGUACUGUCGCAAUUUGUAAUAAUCAUCGCACUUUGUAAUACCUGUCGCAAUUUGUAAUAAACCGUGUCGCACUUUGUAAUAAAAAAGCUGUCGCAAUUUGUAACAACUGUCCAUCGCACUUUGUAAUAAACUAAGCUGUCGCAAUUUGUAAUAAUUCCAUCGCACUUUGUAAUAACUUUUUGAGAGUAAUUAAACUUACUUCGUCAACAUUAAUAUAACGCCAAAAUAUGCAUGGUACUUCAUAAACAAAGAUGAUGACGUCUGCUAGCAUGUAACAUCUCCGCUCAUUCAAACAUUUAACUUUAUUCACAGUCCUAAACAUCUUUUUUAGAUUAAUGUUGACUAGUUAUUUGACUUACGAAAUGCUGUAUUCUUGAACCUUGCUAUUGUACUAGGUGGCUUGCAUUCAAUGGUUACCCGGCGGGUGUACUUCCUUAUAUGGCCAAUACGGGGAUGUGCCUCUGGACAGAGCAUUGCCAGAGUACAGGAUCUAGACAGAGGUAGAUACACUAGACACAAACGAGCCAUUUUUACAUCAUUGGAAUAAGGACACCAGGAGAGUUCAAGCUUUCCUUGCAGAUCUUAUAACAGGUCGACACAACACGUGGUGCACCGUCCUUAUCUUUCGCACAAUCUUAAAGAAGUAAUAGUGGCUUCCAUAUUUUGGCCAACUUCAUCAAACGAGGCCUGGAAAGAUUCAAAAUGUUUACUGCAAAUAAAAAAAAAACGUCACCAGUGGCAAACCGUCGAACCACAACAGAAACCUGAACACAAAAUCCAAUUAGUCGCUGGCCAAUACCAUCGUAUGUACCUGUUUUUAUAACACUCACUUGGGGUCUUACACUGAGCCGGCUGGGCAUUUGGUCCAUUAUUCUCACUUGAUUUGGUCCCAUAUAGGAACAAAAGGAGUACUCAUUCCAUCUUAAAACAAUUGUUUUCUAUAAGGAAGUCCUCUAAAGCAAACAUAAGUUCCAUGGGGAUAGUAAAAAAUUAUCCUUCCCUGCGUAUAUACAACUCGUAAGACCUUGCAAUUCUUCCGAGCGUGUUCUGGAUUACUGUUUUUCCACAAAAUGAAAAGGAUAGAAUAAACCAUCCAUUACUACUUGAGUUACCCUAUCUAAGGAUCAAAACAAAGACACAAGGCCAACAACGUAAAAAAUGAUACCCUAUUAAAGGCUCGAUAUCCUCAAAAACCAUACCCUAUCAGGCGUUAAAUGUUGUUAAAUGUUGCUUUUGUUAUUUAAAUAUUUUUGAAUUUAAACAUGAUUCAUAUCUUUUUUAUGAUAUGUCACAGGAAGUUUCAUGUCUUUCAUUAAGCGUUUCUAGUUGGUCACGUGAUUAAUCAAGGCAGAGAAAUUUAUAGCGGAAGACAUGCCUUUUUAACCAAAGAAAAUGUUACGGAGAUAUUACGUGCUAGCAGACGUCAUCAUCUUUGUUUAUGAAGUACCAUGCAUAUUUUGGCAUUAUAUUAAUGUUGACGAAGUAAGUCGAAUCACUCUCAAAACAUUAUUACAAAGUGCGAUGGAAUUAUUACAAAUUGCGACAGCUUAGUUUAUUACAAAGUGCGAUGUGCUGUUAUUACAAAUUGCGACAGCUUUUUUAUUACAAAGUGCGACACGGUUUAUUACAAAUUGCGACAGGUAUUACAAAGUGCGAUGGAUUUAUUACAAAUUGCGACAGGUAUUACAAAGUGCGAUGAUUAUUACAAAUUGCGACAGUACAAGACUGCUCUAGCACGUACCCAUUCAAUAACUUACGAUUCAAAUCAUCACUUUUUUUUAAGCCAUCCCUACUGUCAAUCUUACGUUUUCUUAAAUGUCUUAUUACUCAGAUUUAAAAUUUCUUUUAAUACUCUUUUAGGUAGUAAAUUGUAAAGAAUAUUGAUAUUUACUAUUUAUUUCAAAAGUUGUGAGGACCGUCCUUUAACCCUAGAUUUAAAAGCUAUACCCUGUUUAAAGCAUUGAAGAAAAGAAAAGAGGAAGAAGAUAAAGGCUACAAAGCUUCACGAAGCCGUUAGGACAUUAUAAAAAUUUUCAUUUUAGGUGUUAUUUUAAUUAUUCCAUAGGAAUGUAUUUUCAAGAAAACAUCUGACAAUACAGCCUUGCGCGUCUUCUGGAAUGGCGAUUUCCGUGUCGGUAACUGCCACAACCGCUGCAAUCGGUGGUACUUUACCUUCAAUGGUGCAGAAUGCUCGGCUCCGGCAGCCAUUGAUGGUGUAUUUUUAGUGUAUCAGGGCACAAGCUGGAGAAAAAAUCCACAUCGCCCACGUCACGUCGAAGGAAUCUGCGAGAAGCUCAGUAAGGGCACGGUUCGCGUGGGAUUCUGGGUCGGUAAGUGCGCUGGUGUAAAAACUGGCGACGCGAUGACAGGCUGGAACUCAGUCUCCAAGAUCUACAUAGAAGAGGUGGCUCCCCCACAGUCGUAA